AUGCCAGCCCUGGUCUUUAGCAGGUGGCACCUCUCCACUGCCCCUGCCCUGCUGACUUGGAUUCUCCUGCUGAGCAUUGGGAAUGGCAGUGCCUGGAAGCGAGGUGUCCCUCGCCUUCGCCUCUCAUACAAAGACCUGCUGAGAUCCAACAGCUCCCGCCUGUUGCUGGGUUCAGGGGAUGGGCUGGCCUUCCAGUCCUUCCUGGUGGAUGAGACCAGGGCGUGGCUGAUGGUGGGAGCCAAAAACCACAUCUUCCUGCUGCAUCUGGACAGGCCAAAUGAGGAGCCUCAGAAGGUUUUCUGGCCAGCCCGCAAGGAGCAGGUGGAGCGCUGCCGGCUUGCUGGGAAGAACGCAGAGACAGAAUGUGCCAAUUUCAUCCGGCUUCUCCAGCCAUUCAACAGGAGCCACGUGUUUGCCUGUGGGACUGGCUCCUACCAGCCCAUCUGCGCCUUUGUCCAGCUCGGAGCCAGGGCACAGGAGCCUGGGGGCUCCCCUAUACAGCUGGUGGCCAACUCCGUGGAAUCUGGGAGAGGCAAGUGUCCAUUCAGCCCUCAUGAACCUUUCACUGGGCUUCUCAUAGACAGGGAGCUGUAUUCGGGCACCUCCAGCGACUUCAUGGGCAGCAGCGCCGCCUUCUUCCGGACCCGAGUUCACAAGGCUGCCCAGAACUACAUCCGGACAGAACAGAACCAAGAUCACUGGCUAAACGAGCCUGUGUUCAUCGGUGCCUACUUGAUUCCCGACACCCACAAUGCCCACGACGACAAGGUGUACGUCUUCCUCCGAGAGACGGCCCUGGAAGCCGGCCAGUGGGAGAGGCGGCGCAUCCAUGCCCGGGUGGCACGCGUGUGCAAGAAUGACGUCGGCGGGAAACGCGGCCUGAUCAAUCGCUGGAGCACGUUCCUCAAGGCCCGGCUGGUCUGCUCCAUCCCAGACCCCCAGGCCAGCGAGACGCACUUCGACCAGCUCGAGGACGUCUUCCUCCUCCGCACCCGGGACCCACAGAGCCCUCUCGUCUUCGGCCUCUUCACGGUCUCCAGUGGGAUCUUCAGCGGCUCUGCCGUGUGUGUCUACUCCAUGGCUGCCGUGCGAGCUGCUUUCAGCGGGCCCUUUGCACACAAGGAAGGAGCUGACUACCGCUGGGUGGAGUACAAGGGCCGGAUCCCCUAUCCCCGCCCAGGGACGUGCCCCAGCGAAACGUACGACCCUCUUCUCCACUCCACCAAGGACUUCCCUGAUGACCUGAUAAGCUUCAUGCGCAACCACCAGCUGAUGUGGGGCCCCGUGUACCCCCUUGGCCGGAAGCCCAUCCUGGUGAGGGCCAAUGUGCCCUAUCGGCUACGGCAGCUGCUUGUGGACCGGGUGGAGACAGAGUCUGGGCACUACGAUGUUCUCUUCCUUGGAACAGAUGAAGGCAAAGUGCUGAAGGUGGGGCUCACUGGCGGGAGAGGCCAGGACAGCGAGGAGAUCAGCCUGGAGGAAAUCAGUGUUUCUAAGGUGCCGUCUCCUAUCCUGGACAUGCAGUUCUCACCAAAGCGGCAGGAGCUGUUUGUGAGCAGCACCCAUGGGCUGGUCCAGCUCUCCCUAUACCACUGCGAGCUCUACGGCAAAGACUGCACGGACUGCUGCCUGGCCAGAGACCCCUACUGCACCUGGGACGGCAAGGGCUGCAGCCCCUACCGGCUGACUGAGAAGAGGCGAGCACGCUGCCAGGAUGCGCUGAAGGCCGACCCGGUCAGUCAGUGCCAGGACACCACAGCGGGGGUCACUGCAACUGAAGAGAAACUGGUAUUUGGGGUGGAGAACAACACUACUUUCCUCGAGUGCCUGGCGCGCUCUCCCCAGACGGCCAUUCGGUGGCUCGUGCAGCGCAGCAGGGAGGCAGCCCUGGAUGAGGUGAGGACCGGUGACCGCUUCUCUAUCCUGGAGCAAGGACUCCUGAUCCGCCAGCUGGCGAGAGAGGAUGCUGGAGUCUAUCAGUGCCAGGCAGUGGAGCGUUCCUUCUCCCGCCCCCUCACGCACUACAGCCUUCGUGUCAUUGGCCACGAGGCCAUGGGGGCCAAACGGAGCAAGGGUGCCGAGGAGGGAGGCAGCCACCUGAGCGCCAUGCCCGUACAGCUCCAGUACAAGGGCUACCCGCGGACCCUGGGGGCACCGGGCACCAGCCUGGACGAGUACUGCAAUGCGCUCCGGCACCAGGAGAGGCAGCGGCAAAAGGCCUGGAACCCGAAGUGGCAGCAUUCCUUGGAGAGCAAGAAAGGCCGAGUGCGGAGGCAUCCCGACCCCCUGAAGCCAGCCAGAGCUGGGCUGAGACUAGUCUGA